GUGUUCAUAUUUUUGGAUCCCUUCCUCUUGAGAUUGAAAUUGCUUUAUUUGUGACGCAACUCUUGGAAAUAACCAAAAACCAAAUCGAGUGUUGGAAAACAAGAGUGAGCAGCGAAAGUAGGAAAAGGAAAAUGAAUCGGAGCGAUUUCCCCAUCCUGGCACACGUUCUACACCACCAACACCCCGACACCUAUCCACCGCUUCCCACACAACUCCACCAAUCUCUCCUAAGCCGCUUUCCUCACCUGAACCACCCCAAACUCCUCUCCUCACUCUCCCAACACCUCUCCCUAAACCCUAACAUCUCCCACACGCUCUCCCUCCUCCGCACGCUCGGUCCCCGCCCGGACCCCUCCGCCCACCACCACGAUGCGCAGCUCUACCACACGCUCCUCCGCCUCCAUCACAUGCACCAGGACUGCGCCAAGCACCUCGCCGCCACCGAGGAGAGCCUGGUGGAGGCCUACGACGCGCAGUCGCUUGAUGAGGUCACGACUGACGGCGUGGUUGCCAUUUUGAGGAAAGCGGAGAGCGAGGAAGUGGAGAGGGUUGAUCUCUCUGCCUCUCACUUGAGGAUUCUCCCGGAGGCCUUCGGAAGGAUUCGUGGCCUCCUCCUCCUUAAUUUGUCUCACAAUCAGUUAGAGGCGAUUCCUGAUUCAAUAGCGGGACUGCAGAAGCUUGUGGAGUUGGAUAUUUCAUCUAAUAUUUUAGAAUCCCUACCAGACUCCAUUGGAUUGCUCGUUAAUCUAAAGCUUCUAAAUGUGUCAGGGAACAAGCUAACUGCUCUUCCUGAAUCCAUUGCUCUUUGCAGGUCACUAGUUGAACUGGAUGCUAGCUUUAACAACUUAAUGUGUUUGCCAACCAACAUGGGUAUUGGACUUGGUAACCUGGAGAAGCUCUUGAUCCAUUUGAAUAAGAUACGAUUUCUUCCCUCUUCCAUUGGAGAGAUGAAAUCUCUGAGGCACCUUGAUGUUCAUUUCAAUGAGCUUCAUGGCCUACCUCAAUCUAUUGGGAAACUCACCAAUCUGGAAUAUCUAAAUCUUAGCAGUAAUUUCAGUGAUAUGACAGAGCUGCCUGAAACACUUGGUGAUCUGGUUAACCUAAGAGAGCUUGACCUCAGCAACAACCAGAUCCGAGCUCUUCCUUACACUUUUGGUCGGCUUGAAAGUUUAACAAAGCUCAACCUAGACCAGAAUCCAAUCGUAGUUCCCCCAAUAGAGGUUGUAAAUCAAGGGGUUGAGGCUGUGAAGGAGUUCAUGGCCAAGUGGUGGCUUGAUCUCAUUGAAGAAGCCCAACAGAAAAGCAUGGCUGAAACACAAAAUCAGCAAGCGCAGACAGGAUGGCUGGCGUGGGGAGCCUCAUUGUUAAAUAAUGUUGCUGAGGUUUCUGAAAGUGUUGCAGAAUAUUUUGGCGCUAGAAAAGCUCCUAGAGACCCAUGGUUGGAUCAACAGCUGUGAGAUAAGUAUAUCUGGAAUCUACGUACAUACUGGCUUCAUAAUUUCUGAUGCAUAGUUUGUGAUAGUGUUUGGUCUCUUGUGACCAUUGUAAUCAAUACUCGUGUGUGAACAAGUGUAGCUAGCAUAAGCCUUAGGCUUGUUUUUCAUUUUAUCUUUUUUGUUUCUUUUACUUGCACAGUUAAACUCGCUGUAUAAUAUUAGAGAAGUACGGUGCUGGACCUCUACCUAAUUUUGUUUAAAUGCAAAAUUACCUCUUAUGUUUAUUCAGUGAUUUUUGUUGA